ACACGGGAUGCCGCGGUUAAUAGAUCAUAGUAAAAUCUGUUAAAAGGGAAUCGCGGGGACCAGCUCUAAUGGAUCCCACACCACACCACUCGACUCACACCAACACCUCAAACGAGACGGGAAGACAGAGCUGCAAAGGCGCAGCCUUUGCUUGCUUCCCAGAAUCUGCUCUCUUCUCCCACUGGCUGUUUACUUCUGCAGAGCAGGAGGAGGAGAGCCCGCCCUGGUCAGAUCAAACCUCGACAUGGGCUCCAUCGGGAGCUUCUGGUUGAAGGACAUUGACUGGGAGCAGGAGUCGUAUCCCGCUUAUUGCGACUUCGUCGUCCUCCCUCUCUUCGCCCUCUGCUUCCCCUCCGUCCGCUUCUUCCUCGACAGAUUCGUCUUCGAGCAAGUGGGCAGGUGGUUAAUCCUCGGGAAAGGGCCACAACAGGUAGAAUCAAACACUGAUGACAAAAAGAAGAAGGUCCGAAAAUUCAAGGAAUCGGCAUGGAAAUGCAUCUAUUUUCUAUCAGCAGAAUUUCUGGCUCUCUGUGUGACUUAUGAUGAACCUUGGUUCACUAACACGAGAUUUUUUUGGGUCGGACCAGGAGACCAGGUUUGGCCUGAUCAAAAGAUCAAGUUAAAAUUGAAGGGACUCUAUAUGUAUGCAGCAGGAUUUUACACAUACUCCAUCUUUGCUUUAAUUUUCUGGGAAACAAGGCGAUCUGACUUCGGAGUCUCCAUGGGGCAUCAUGUGGCAACUGUAAUUCUUAUCGUGCUGUCUUACAUAUUUAGGUUUGCUCGAGUUGGUUCUAUUGUCUUGGCUCUCCAUGAUGCUAGUGAUGUGUUUCUGGAGAUAGGGAAGAUGUCCAAAUACUGUGGGGCUGAAGGUUUAGCGAGUUUUGCUUUCAUUCUCUUUGUUCUGUCUUGGAUCAUUCUGCGCCUCAUUUAUUACCCAUUCUGGGUCAUUUGGAGCACGAGCUACGAGGUUGUUCAGACACUUGACAAGGAAAAGCACCCUGUGGAUGGACCAAUCUAUUAUUAUGUAUUCAAUUCUCUUCUGCUGUGCUUGCUCAUUCUUCAUAUUUAUUGGUGGGUCUUGAUUUUCCGGAUGCUUGUGAAGCAAAUCCAAUCUAGAGGCCAGAUCAGUGAUGACGUUAGAUCCGAUUCUGAAGGUGAAGAAGAACACGAAGAUUAAUGAGGCAAGAAGAAAUAGAGCCUCCACAUCAUUCUUGUGAAGAGAUGAAGCAGUAAAGGUUUUACAUCUAUGGCAGUGUUCCAACUUGUGGAAAGCUUUUCUGGGUUCGAAGGACUUCAGAUGAAGAUUGAAGGCGCUCCAUUUGCCUCUGAUCUGGUGCUGGAAACAGUUCAAAUAUAUAACAGUGCUCAUGGUUUGUUUCGUGAUCGGAGAAUUUGGCAUGUCUAAUUCUUUCUCAUCACUGAACCAUUCUAAUGGUUUCUGGGUCGAUUCAUUAUGGACAGAGUUCCGAAUUUUUACAUUUUCGAGCCUGACCCGUUAUUUUUUAUGUUGCAAACGGGUCUGAUUUGACUCUGCUGUUAAAACUUGCUGUUUGACGGGGGAGUCAUUUUCAUUAGGAAAGCUCCCGGCCCCUUUAUUCUUUUCUAACUUUUUCCCAUACAAAGAGAUGCAGUUGUUAUGGAUGA